AUGCGAAAGAACGUCCGAGUCGUCAGAAGCAGCCGUUGGUGGUGCAAUUUGAAGAAUCUGUUCAGGAAGCUCGCCUGGCUGGGACGUUUUGUUCUGUUUCUUGAUAAAGUUGAACGCCUGGACCCAUAUUUUGAAGUCUUCGCUGGUGCUUGCUUUCAGCACCCAUUGCUCGAUUCCGGAAUCCAAAUACAUCAUCAAUUGCUUUGGAUCCGCAGAAAUCACAACGUUCCUAAUGUACAUAUUUCCACGAACAUGGUUGGUCAAGUCGUUGAAGAAGUAAUCCAGUACUCCGUACUUGAAGUUGAGGACGAAAUACCGUCUGGCGAAAUUCUUCCCACCACGUCUCCGUUUCUUCUUAAGCAGGAACCCCUCUGUGUUAAAAUAGUCUGGUCUCUCUAUAGCCGAGCCAAUGGACUCUCCAGGUUGGGGCACGUCUGUUUCUUCAAUGCUCUUUUGCUCGUCAAUGGUGUUGAGUUGGCCCGAAGACGAUGGGUUAGGAAGUUCCUGUGUCUGAUGAACAACGCCGUUGCUCUCUAUGUAUUGGUUGAACAUGAUGGUUUUGGCCUUGUGUCUGCUGAAUGUGUUGUCGAAGAUGAACGCAAACAAGGAGCCGGUCUCCACUUCGAAAGUGCCGGUGGUCAGCUUGUCUCCCUCGCAUCUUCCGAUCCAUUGCUUUUUGGCCAGGUGUUUAUCAAUCUUAUCCUCGAGAGAGCUGCGUGGGUCAUUGACGGAUAUGCUGCUGUCGGACCUUCUCCGUCUCUCUGUGCCAGCAGGGAGUGUUGA